AUGAGCUGCAACCUAUCGUUUACAGUCGAUCUUUCAGAUUUUGACAAAAGUGGAACAGGUACCACGGACGGCAACGUGCAAGUAGUCGACUAUUGUAAUUCAUUAGAAACCACGCUGAUUGAAUCUAUUACAGAAUCAUGGAGCAGUGACAUCGACAGUCUUCCAGAUAUUGAUGGGCUACCUCUAAGAUCGCCCAUACUCACCUCUGUUGAUGGAGUAUAUCAAUACUUGACAACUUCUACCUCGUGUUUUUCUACAGUUGGAUGCACAUCUGAUAAUUCUCUGCCUACAUGUCGAACAAAUUCUAAGCCAUCAUCGAUUCUAUCGGUACCACUUUCUGCCGAUGUUCAUAUAAUAGACUCGACUUCAACGAAAUUAAAACUCGUUUAUCCAAUUGAAGAAACCUAUCGCGGACGUUAUAAAAGUGAUUAUUUUCCUCAGACUGGCGCAGUUCGCCAUCCACGAUAUGUCGCUGAUCGAGAGCACAAUCAUCACAUAACACUACAAUUGCCAAGUGUAUAUCAUUCUGAUUUAGCGAACAAGUACAUUCGCAUUGCAUUAAUUACUGUGUCCAUCGACGGGCACGGUCAUUUCUAUAGUCCAUAUAAAUUCCAGAGAGAUCAUAUGGAUAUUAACAUUUCAGAUGAAAAUCCGAUUUAUGUCAAAGUGGACACUAAUGCAAAAGAAGCGUUUAUCAUGAGGCUACAGCUUGUUUUAAUCAAAUCGAAAUUAGAUCAACUUAAUUACUGUCAACCACUGAAGUGUUUUUCCGUUACCGACAAUACGAAACAGAAUCCGAUUCAUGAAGGCAUUUUAUCACCUAAAGACUUAAUCAAUCGAUAUCAACUCGAUAAAUCUCACAUAGCGUUUACGCUAUGUACACAAAAGUCCGACGGGACUUAUGAGCCUCACCCACAAACAACAGUUGUCUCCACCAUUAUCAGUGAAGUCUCAUCGACGAAAAAGACGAGCAAUAAAGUUGCUUCGGAAGAAGCUUCUGCUACAACUGUAUCACCACUAAUCGAUACUGACAAACACUUAUGCUGUCCGAAUUGUUGCUAUCAUUUCAAUGCUGUUUCUAAUUCCACAUCUAACACGAGUAGCAAACGUUCGUUCGACGACGCGAUCUCAUGUUCAAGUGCCAAAUCCACAACCAAGAGAAAUAGCAAAAGAAGAAAGAAGAACAAAUAA